UGUGUAAAAAUAGACGGCAAUACAUCAAUUCCACAGUCUGUGCUGGCUACAAUUCAUACGGGGGAAAAAAAAAUGCAAGCGGUUUCCUCGUAAUCUCUGGAGUCUAGCUGGGGGACGGAGGACCUCGGUGUGUUUGCAUUCAGCACAAUGGAAUGUUCCCGGAAAGUUUGGGCAACUUGGGAAACAAGCGAAACUUUCUGAGGACUCUGCUGAGAUGGACCCGAAUUGAAUUGCAUGGAGGAUCCGAGCUGCUAACAAUGAACCUGGCAAAGGACUUCGAGUGCUUCCUCCGGUGUGCUGCUCUGGUUGGUGAAGACCAGCCUCUUUGCCCAGAUCUUCCUGAGCUUGAUCUUUCUGAACUAGAUGUGAACGACUUGGACACAGACAGCUUUCUGGGUGGACUCAAGUGGUGCAGCGACCAAUCAGAAAUAAUAUCCAACCAGUAYAGCAAUGAGCCUGCAAACAUAUUUGAGAAGAUAGAUGAAGAAAAUGAGGCAAACUUGCUCGCAGUCCUCACAGAGACACUAGACAGUCUCCCUGUGGAUGAAGACGGAUUGCCCUCAUUUGAUGCACUGACAGAUGGAGACGUGACCACUGACAACGAGGCCAGUCCUUCCUCCAUGCCUGACGGCACCCCUCCACCUCAGGAGGCAGAAGAGCCGUCUCUACUUAAGAAGCUCCUGCUGGCACCGGCCAACACUCAGCUGAGUUAUAAUGAAUGCAGUGGCCUCAGUACCCAGAAUCAUGCAAACCACAAUCACAGGAUCAGAACAAGCCCUGCAGUUGUUAAGACCGAGAAUUCAUGGAGCAAUAAAGCGAAGAGCAUUUGUCAACAGCAAAAGCCACAAAGACGUCCAUGCUCGGAGCUUCUCAAGUAUCUGACCACAAACGAUGACCCUCCUCACACCAAACCCACAGAGAACAGGAACAGCAGCAGAGACAAAUGCACCUCCAAAAAGAAGUCCCACACACAAUCGCAGUCGCAACAUGUACAAGCCAAACCAACAACUUUAUCUCUUCCUCUGACCCCAGAGUCACCAAAUGACCCCAAGGGUUCCCCAUUUGAGAACAAGACUAUUGAACGAACCUUAAGUGUGGAACUCUCUGGAACUGCAGGCCUCACUCCACCCACAACUCCUCCUCAUAAAGCCAACCAAGAUAACCCUUUCAGGGCUUCUCCAAAGCCGAAGUCCUCCUGCAAGACCGUGGUGCCACCGCCAUCAAAGAAGGCCCGGUACAGCGAGUCUUCUGGUACCCAAGGCAAUAACUCUACCAAAAAAGGGCCUGAGCAGUCCGAGUUGUACGCGCAGCUCAGUAAGUCCUCAGUGCCCAGCAGUGGACACGAGGAAAGGAAGGCCAAACGGCCCAGCCCACGCCUGUUUGGUGACCAUGACUAUUGCCAGUCAAUUAAUUCCAAAACGGAAAUACUUAUUCACGUGUCACAGGAGCUCCCAGACUCUAGACAACUAGACUAUAAAGAUGCCUCCUCUGCCUGGCAGGGGCAGAUUUGUUCUUCCACAGACUCAGACCAGCUCUACCUGAGAGAGACGCUGGAGGCCAGCAAGCAGGUCUCUCCCUGCGGCACCAGAAAACAGCUCCAAGACCAGGAGAUCCGAGCCGAGCUGAACAAGCACUUCGGUCAUCCCAGUCAAGCUGUUUUUGACGACGAAGCAGACAAGACCAGUGAACUGAGGGACAGUGAUUUCAGUAAUGAACAAUUCUCCAAACUACCUAUGUUUAUAAAUUCAGGACUCGCCAUGGAUGGCCUAUUCGAUGACAGCGAAGAUGAAAGUGAUAAACUGAGCUGCCCUUGGGAUGGCACGCAAUCCUAUUCAUUGUUCGACGUGUCGCCUUCUUGCUCUUCUUUUAACUCUCCGUGUAGAGAUUCCGUGUCACCACCCAAAUCCUUAUUUUCUCAAAGACCCCAAAGGAUGCGCUCUCGUUCAAGGUCCUUUUCUCGACACAGGUCGUGUUCCCGAUCACCAUAUUCCAGGUCAAGAUCAAGGUCCCCAGGCAGUAGAUCCUCCUCAAGGUCCUGCUACUACCAUGAGUCAAGCCACUACAGACACCGCACGCACCGAAAUUCUCCCUUAUAUGUGAGAUCACGUUCAAGAUCGCCCUACAGCCGGCGGCCCAGGUAUGACAGCUACGAGGCGUAUCAGCAUGAAAGGCUGAAGAGGGAAGAAUACCGCAAAGAAUACGAGAAGCGGGAAUCCGAAAGGGCCAAGCAGAGAGAGAGGCAGAGGCAGAAGGCAAUUGAAGAGCGCCGCGUGAUUUAUGUUGGUAAAAUCAGACCUGACACUACACGGACAGAACUGAGGGACCGCUUUGAAGUUUUUGGUGAAAUUGAGGAGUGCACAGUAAAUCUGCGGGAUGAUGGAGACAGCUAUGGUUUCAUUACCUACCGCUACACCUGUGAUGCUUUUGCUGCUCUUGAAAAUGGAUAUACUUUGCGCAGGUCGAACGAAACUGACUUCCAGCUGUACUUUUGUGGACGCAAGCAAUUUUUCAAGUCUAACUAUGCAGACCUAGAUUCAAACUCAGAUGACUUUGACCCUGCUUCCACCAAGAGCAAGUAUGACUCUCUGGAUUUUGAUAGUUUACUGAAAGAAGCUCAGAGAAGCUUGCGCAGGUAACAUGUUACCUGGCUGAGGACGACAGAGAUGGUGAAUACCUCACGGGACAGCGCGCCCUUCCCUAACAGACUAUUGCAAGUCAUACUUAUGAAUUUCUCCUCCUUUACACUCUCUGUACAAAAACAAAACAACAAAACAACAACAAUACAACAAGAACAAGAACAACCACAACAACAAUGGUUUACAUGAGCAGAGCUGCUGAAGAAGCAAGAGACAGAGUGAUAUCCAGUAAGCACAAGUUUAUUUAUGGGUGUCAGCUUUGCUUUCCCCGGAGUCUUUUGGUGACUGUGUGUGUGUGUGUGUGUGUGUGUGUGCGUGUGUUCAUGUGCAUGCAUGCGUGCAUGCAUGUGUAUGGG